CGAAUUGAGUCAGUCAUUCCCGUGCAAACAGCGAUAACGUCAGGAUCGUUCGAAUUCGUGAAUUACAAUAGUGACAGACAGUGCAACAAGUAUAAAUUUCCUAUUACGAGCGCUGUUACGAUCGAUUGUUUCCCGUUGAAAUGGAUAUCAGGAUCGUGGCGUUGAUUGUACUCGUUGGCAUCGUAGGAUCUUUCGGCGAAGCACGUUCAGCGAAUAUCAGGAUGCGUAGAAGCCCGGACGGCUAUGGCUGGACAGCGACCAGCACCGGUGGUGGGUCCGGCAUGGCGUCGUCCUUCGCUAGUUCCGGAGCUUUUGGCGCUCCAAACUACGCGAAACCGUCGAUAACCGACCGUGGAGCGUUCGUCGACAACACCCCGCAAGCAGCCAAUGUACCCAACUAUAUUAACCCUGGAGGAUUCGGUUACUUUGGAGGAGACGCUCCAUUUUACGAUCCAGGUUUCGCGUUCCCCACCUACGAUUUUAAUGGCUUCCAGCAGCAUAUGCAGGACAAUUGGAGACGGUUACAGGACCAGAUCCAAAGACAGCAACAACAGAUCUUCGAUACAGCUAAUCGCAUAAACACCGAUUCAGCCCAAGGUACUGGUACUAGCAGUUCUACCAGUACUAGCGGUUCACAACAGAGUGCAGUUUCCAGCAUCCAAUUAGGACCUGGUGGUGGUUACCACGCUGCUGUACUCAAUCCGGGUGCCCCUGGAGUAGAGUCAAGAUUCGCUGAGGAGCUUCCACCACCGUCUGGGGGCAGUUAUGGGGUGUUCACCAGCAGCAGUAGCAACACGAUGAUUGGUCCUGAUGGGAAAGCAGUCUCUCACAAGGUUUCGACAACCGGUGUCAAUGACAAUGGAAAAAUUCAUUUCCGCACCGUCGAAGUAUAAGAGAUCUUGCUAAUCUAUUAUUUCUUACCCUUUCUACGUUUUCUUCCCUUUACUUCAAGGUCCUCUAUAACUCAGGUUUAUAAACAAUACCUUUAAUCGUUUACUUGUCAAAUAUAUUUAAUCGAAUGCCAUAAAAAUACUCUAUGUAUUCAAUAAGUACAAGUCAGCGUAGAAUUGCGUUUCAACCGAUAUAGGUAACGAUCUUUGGAUCAUUUUAAACUUACGGGCUAGCGCUGAUUUGCGUUCGAGAAACAAUGUUACCGAAGAAUCGAUGCCCAAGAACUCAUCGUCCUUUCCUGUUAGCCGAUUAUUGUACGAUAAUCGUUAUCCGCCUAGUUAUUUAAUGUAGGUGUAAUUAAUUUGCGUUUUAAGAUACGCAAUUCUUUGCGUGCCCGUCUUUCCUCGCCUCCUUCUUGUGAAACGAAAGUCAAAAAUAUACCAUUAUUUGAUACUGUU